AUGGCUGAGAAAGUUAAAAAGAAAGCCUCCUUCUUUAGUAUUAAAAGAUGGAAUAGUCAGAAAAGUAUGGAUGAUAAUAUCGCAUCCAAUCCCACAACAGUUGCUCAAACAAGCUCUUUCAAUGCUGUCAAAAAUCCAUUACCGCCAAUUUUAACUAGAGCUAAUUCUAAUUUGGAUAAAAAAUUAACAGUUGCAGGUAUAAAUGAUUUAGUUCAAUGUGCAUUAUGUCUGGAAAUCCUCAGUAUACCUAAAAUGUUGCCAUGUCAACACACAUUUUGUCUAGCUUGUCUCAAAAUUUACGUGGCCGAUUUACACGUUAUCAGUUGUCCUGUCUGUCACACAAGAAUACCAACUAAUGGGUCGAAUUUCGUGGACAAUUUACCAUCUAAUCUCUACAUCAACACCUUGCUCCACAUGGUCGGCAUCAAACCACCAGAGAAAACAGCAAACGCGACACCUCCAAGCACGCCAGCUACACCAGUGAACUAUCAGAAUGUGGAUUUAUUUGCUGCUGGUGUGAGAUGCUCUAAUUGCAAAACGUUGUGUGACAACCCUGAUAUAUCGAUGUGUGAACAUUGCAAAUUAAAUUUCUGUCGUGUCUGUUGGUCUCAACACAUAGAGGACUUACGAAUUCAAGUGGGUUCUAUUCUCAAACAACUCGACACAGCAGCUAGUCGAUUGGACCAUAAAAUUGAACAUUAUAAGGAUCGUUGUGAACGAAUAGUUGAACAAAUAAACAUUGCUGCUGAUGAGAAAAUAAAUGCCAUAUUAGAAGCCAAAAUUAACCUUUUGCAAGAAAUGAACGAUUUGCAAAAAUCUGGGGAAUUAACCGCUCUAGCAAUUCAAUCGUCACUGAAGGAAGCUAAAGAUGUGGCUAACAAAGUCCUUGACGUAGAAAAGAAAAAUAUUGCAGAUGACCUUCUUGAAGUAACGACAUUUGUUAAUUUACAUCAAAACACAUUGCAAUUGCUUAACGAUGUAUCAAAAUGGGACGCUGAAAACUUUAUAUUCGACAAAGAGAAUUUCCGCAUUGACUCCGAUGUUAAAACUCCGUGUGAUGCUGAAUCUGAUGACCCACUACCAGAAGCGGCAAAACAAAAUAAUCCUUUGGAGAAUGAGAGCACGCUAAUACAGCACUAUAGGUCCAGAAAUUUCGUACCUCAUUACAUGUGGCGAAAGACGUCGAGACCUUGCGGAGUCGGCAUUGGACCCUGGAAUAACCACUUAUACAUUUGUGAUAUGGACAGUCAUAGCGUACUGGUGGUAGAGAGGACUCAGGCUAAAAUUGUUACGCGAUUGUCCUGUGAGGAAAUGCUCUGUCCAGUACAAAUUGCUUUUAUGAAGAGUUUGGGCGAGAUCUAUAUAACGGAUAAAUGGAAACAUUGUAUACACGUGUUUUCCAAGGAUGGAAACUAUCUCACCUCAAUAGGCCAAAAAGGUAGCCGCCUGGGUAUGUUCAGAUCACCUGAAGGAAUAGCCACAGAUAACGCUCAGCAUCAUAUUUACGUUGUCGAUACUGGCAAUGAUAGAAUUCAGGUCAUCCAACCGGAUGGAAAAUUCGUCGACCAGUUCGGUAUCGCGAUGCGGAAUCAGCCGAGGGACACGUCAAGUAUUUGGGAGAUGAAAGAGACAAUGUGUACAGAACUUAACGCGCCAACCGGCGUGGCGGUCACGAACGACAGAGUUAUCGUCUUGGACAGCGGCAAUCGCAGAGUUAAAGUUUAUAACAAGAACGACAAAAGUAAAAUCACUGAAUUCGGCUCCACGGGACAUAGAAAGGGCCAGUUCAGACAGCCAGAAGUGCUCGCCGUCGAUCCGAUGGGCAAUAUCCUCGUGGGAGAUUCUGGCAACUGUAGAAUUCAAAUUUUCAAACCCAACGGUCAACUCGUGAGAGUGUUUGGCAGACUUGGUUCAGAACCCGGCAAAUUCGGUUGGAUAUCUGGCCUCCAUGUCACAAAACAACUAGACGUCAUCGUCAGCGAUACGAAAAACCAUUGCGUCAACUUCUUUUGAUAAUUAAUAAAAAACAGUUGUAAUUAACAUAACUUUAUUGUAAACAAAAAUGUUAACACUAGUGUUAAUCUUAAUAAACGUAUUGAAAAUAAUGGAGUAGUAAUAGUAGUACUAAAUAAGGAUUUACAUAAAAAAUAUAAAAAAUAAUAAUAUCACAAGCAUAUGUUUUACCUAUAAUCACAAUUAUUUGCUCUGUAGAUUUAGAGAUUCAAAAAUGCAGCAAAAAUACUUUUACGGAAACAUAUAGUAGAAUAUAAAAAUAAAGGAAAUCUUUUAAAUUAUUUGUGAUCAGAACUUUCGUAGCGAGAUCAAACGUAAUUUUUUAUAUAAUUUCUUGGCAUACUUUUUAAUCCAAUUUUUUUUUUUUAAUUAUUAAUUUUAAUGAAAUCUACACAUAAUAUAUGCCACAAUUAAUGAAUUAAAAAAACUAUAAAAUAACAAUUUUAACUGAUUUUAUGUUCCCUUAACUCAAUUAUAAUUACGUAUAAUAUACACAGUGGAUUUAUCAACAAAGCACUGGUGAACUGUACAUCUAUAUAACACAAUUAAAUUCCACAUUUCAGACAAUAAUAAAAUGUUCCUAGAUUUAUUUUUAUGGCGCAUAUCAGUCUCCAAUAGGUGGUACAUGACUAAUAUCGUAAUUUCAUACAAAUAUCAUUUAUCAAUCGACAAAGUUUGCAAGACACCUAGACCGCUUAGACUAGUUAAUUUGUGACGGAAAUUUCAUCAUUAAAGCCCCAUAUUUAUUUAUAAAAUUAAACCUGAACAAAGUUGGAAUUAUUAUUAGAAAAACACUUAUAAGGAUGCUGAUCAAAUAGACUCUUAAAGUAUUUUCUCUGUUAAAGGAACAUCGAGGACUCAUUGCCUUGAAAUUUUAUCGAACCUCCCUUCGGACAAGACAUUCGAUGUUUUAUACAAGUUAAAGUCGAUCAACAUCCUUUACAGUGAAAUUAAAACCAACAACCGUAUUGGUGUAACAUUAUAUCUUCUAUAUCUAUAUUGCUUCUUUCUUCCUAUAUAUAAAGAUAAAAUUGAAGCAAUGCACACAUUCUGUAAGUUCGGUAUUUUAACUAAGAACAAAAUCAAGGUACACCUUUAACAUUUCAUCGUACCUCGAGUUGAUCUCGAAUGUGGGAGU